CCGCGGCAUACAGCAACACUCCCCAAUCAUAAUCACAAUGGUCGUCAACUCAGACAGCUUCUCUCACCGCUCAUACAGCGGUAGCACGACAAUCGUCUCCCCAAGGCACGAGUCUCCCUCCGUCGCCUUCCCUCCACCGCCGGUCGACCCGCUCCCGCACCACCCCUCGGAGACGUCCAUCCCGCUCCGCGUCCCGACUCCCGAGGACGAUGCGAGGUAUAACGCUCUUCUCGAGCGGGCUGCUUGUUUGCGUGAUUUCGUUGCGCAUUAUCAUGAGCUUGAGGCUUACAAGAACGGUGCACCCAUCACCUUAACCGGUGAGGGACUGACUCUCCCAGCCGUCUCCGCCGUCGCACGUUACCCCGACGAGGUCUCAGCUGCGAUCGACGACGCUCUCGCGCAACUCUCCAAGGACACAGCUCGUAUCGAGCAUCUGCAACGUUCGCGCACUAUCAUUGAUGAUAAGCUUGCGCAGAACAAGAGUAUUUAUGGUGUUAGUACUGGGUUUGGUGGAAGUGCGGACACGCGUACAGCCGAGCACGACUCUCUCGGUCUCGCACUCCUCCAACACCAACAUGCCGGAGUCCUCCCCACCGCAUUGGAAUCUCUCGCAGACUCCAACUCCAACGCCUCCUCCACCAAAUCUUCAUUGAAGAAAGCCAGUAAGGCACCCCUCCCACUAAGCUCCUCCAUCUCCGACCUCAGCAUGCCCGCCUCCUGGACCCGCGCAGCCCUCCUCAUCCGUCUCAACUCCCUCCUCCGAGGCCACUCCGCCGCUUCUCUCCCACUCCUCAACUCCAUGGGCGGUCUCCUCUCAAAGCAAAUCACACCAGUCGUCCCUCUCCGCGGUAGUAUCUCCGCAAGUGGAGAUCUGAGUCCGUUGAGUUAUAUUGCGGGGACGUUGAUUGGUGAACGUGGAAUCUACUGCUACGCUCCCUCUUCAGAAGGUGAUGCAGGAGCGAUGGGAAUGGGAAUGGGAAUGGCUGGAGAGAACAUGAAGAUCCUCCGUGCACCCGACGCUUUGAAAGCAGCUGGUCUCGAACCUAUCUCCCUCCGUCCCAAGGAACAACUCGCAAUCCUUAACGGAACUGCGUUCAGUUGCGCUGCAGCUGCACUUUGCGUCGAAGAAGCUAGGCAGCUUAUAAUGCUCGGUACGGUUUGCACUGCAAUGGGAACGGAAGCGAUGCGCGGUUCUGUCGAUUCGUUCGCUGAGUUCAUCCAUCGUAUUAGGCCUCAUCCCGGGCAGAUUGAAACUGGUGCUCUCCUCACUCACUUGCUUGAGAAGUCCAAGUUGGCUACACGCCACUCUGAGCCGACGACUUCUACUACUUUCACUGUUGCAGAGAGUGGGAAGGAUGUUUUGAUGGCUGGAGUUGAAGAAGAGACUAUCGAUGCCGACGCUGGUGUGUUGAGACAGGAUCGUUAUCCUUUGAGGACUGCUCCGCAGUGGAUUGGACCGCAGCUUGAGACUGUUAUGCACUCUGCUGAGACGAUUGCUAUCGAGUGUAACUCCACUACGGACAAUCCACUCAUCGACCCCGACACCGGCAUAGUCCACCACGGCGGCAACUUCCAAGCAAUGUCUCUCACAUCCUCUCUCGAACCUCUCCGUCUCGCCAUCUUCCACAUCGGCAAACUCCUCUUCGCACAAGCCACCGAGCUACAAAACCCACUCAUGUCGAACGGACUCGCAGGAAACCUCGCUGCAACUUCUCCCUCACUCAAUUUCUUUGGUAAAGGAAUUGAUAUCGCUAUGGCUGCGUAUGUAGCGGAGUUGGGGUACUUGGCGAACCCUGUGAGUACGAAUGUACAGAGUGCGGAGAUGCAUAACCAGGCUGUGAAUUCGCUUGCUCUGUUGAGUGCGAGGUAUACGUUGCAGGCGAUUGAGGUUUUGCAGAUGAUUGUCGCUUCGUACAUCAUCUUGCUUUGUCAAGCGGUGGACCUUAGGGCGAUUCAGAAGAUUAUGGAAGAGAAAACGACGGAGAUCGUCGCCGAGCUUGUGAAGGAGUACUUCACUGGAGUAGAAGUUGACGUUAAGGAAGUGAUCAAGGCUGUAUGGACCUCAUUCGAUACCUCUGCGAACAUGGAUGCGAGACCGAGGUGUGAGAAGGCUUCGAAGGCCAGUACGCAGCCUCUCAUCGAAUCUCUCCUCUCCUCCUCUUCCUCUUCAGCAUCAAGUGCAGCAGUCCUCACAGCACUACCGGCCUUCCAAUCGACCCUCACUUCCACCCUGCACAGCGAAUACACAACCCUCACAAACUCAUUCCUCACCUCCUCCCUCUCCCCCUCAUCCUCUCACUACCUCCCCGCAUCUUCUCUCCUCGGUCGUACCAAGGCACUCUACCAAUUCGUCCGUUCCGACCUAGGCGUCGGCAUGCACGGCCUCGAGAACUCAGGUAACUUCCCCAACGGCCUUGGCCAUAGUCUCUUUGCCAGCGAAAAUGACGGAGAAGAGAAACGGGGACGUACUAUCGGUGGGGAAGUCGCUAUUGUGUACGAAGCGAUUCGGGAUGGGAGGAUGAAGAGUGUUUUGGUUGGGAUGUUUGGUCGGGAUUGAUCUCCUUCACCCUCUCAAUCGCUCAAUCAUUGGGGUUUUUCAGGAAUUGGAAAUUGGGUUUUUGACGCGACGAAUCGAGUCUGUAUAAAUGAAGAGAAAGGACGGUUUUCUGGAAUAACUACAUACUAUAAUUUACAUCAUUUUACAUAGAAGUAUCUCUUUGUUCUAUUCUCUCGUCUUCUUUUCUCUCGUCCUCUUUUCUUUUAACUCUUUCUCUCGCGUCUUUCUUGUGGUCUGGUCUUGUUGACUUGUACAUGCAUGCAAUCUCUCUUUUGUCUUCACUUUGAAUUUUUUAUGCCAUCGUCUAAUUAACCAGUUAUCAUGUCUAUGUCUUUCCUCGUCCAAAUCCAAAU